AUGGGAUGGGGCGCCAUCCUAUUGUUGCUUCUGUACUAUAUCGCAGCAACUAUGAAUGCCGUUCGACAGGUCGCUGUGCCUGGCGAAAUCGUACUGGGGGGUCUGUUUCCUAUUCACGAAGCCGGUAGAAACGGAUCACAAUGCGGAAAAAUUAAAGCAGAUCAAGGUGUACAACGUAUGGUGGCUAUGUUGUAUGCGUUGGAGAAAGUGAAUCAGGAUAACACCCUACUGCCUCAAGCCAGUCUUGGCGCACAAAUCUUGGACACUUGCUCUGUGGACAGCCAUGCUCUGGAACAAUCGCUGGAGUUCAUAAAAUCAGUAAUGUCCAGUGGCGAUGGUGCGAUUUGUGCGGAUGGUUCGCCGGCCAGCUACCAUCGCCAGCCAGUGGCCGCUGUUGUUGGCGCUGCUGGCAGCCAGGUGUCGGUAAUGGUCGCCAGCAUGCUGCAGCUUUUCCGGAUUCCACAGGUCAGCUACUCGUCCACGGGAGCAGAGCUGAGUGAGAAACCUCGUUUCGGCUACUUUUCUCGUGUUGUGCCACCGGACAAUCUCCAAGCGCAAGUGAUGGCUCGUGUGGUUCGCGAACUCGAUUGGACAUACGUGCACGCGAUUGCUGAUACAGGCUCGUACGGUGAACGCGGCAUGGAUUCAUUUCGAGCGGCUGCGACUGAGCUGGGUAUCUGUAUUGACGGCGACAUACAUAAGAUCAGCCGGCGAUGGACGGAUAAGAAUUUUCGCGAUCUUCUCAUCCGUAUGCAUCGUACGCGCAAAGCACGUGGCGUGGUGAUGUUUGUCGACGAGGACAACCUGAAACGACUGCUUCACACCCUGGAUAAACUCAUCAAGGAAGGUCACAAGGAACUAGAUCGACACUUUUGGUUCGUCGCCAGUGAUUCAUGGGGAAUCAAGCAGUCCGUCGUAUUGAGACUGGAACACCUCCUAGCCGGUUCGAUUACCAUAGCACCCUACGUAAGGGAAGAGAAAGCCUAUAUCACUUUCUUCCGGAAACUGUCGCCAACCGGUUCCACAUUCCUGGAGGAAUAUUGGGAUGCAUUAGGCUGUAAUAGGAACAGUGAACUACAGUAUUUUGGCGAAUGUUUCGACUAUAUCAAUUAUACACUCAAACAGGAAUCAUAUGUGCCAUUUGUUGUCGAUACAGUACGCGUGCUAGCUAGAGCUAUUUCAAAAUACAUAGUGGAUGAAUGUGGUAGCAGGGAAUUCCAUCGUUGUACUUUAUCAACGUCCCGGUUUCUCGGUGAUCGUCUACAGAAGUAUUAUAGAAAUGUGUCGCUUAGUGAAAACGAACCUCCACUUAUCGACGCUAAUGGAGACGGUAUCGGACGUUAUGACGUUUUCCAACUGGACAACAAAGGAAUCUAUCACAAGGUCGGAAAAUGGCGAUCAACGGAGGACUCAUUCGAAAUUCGGGUAGAACAAGUUCGUCGAGGCUUUCGGUUGGCUCAUGGCGAGAGUCCCCUCUCUGUCUGCUCUACGGACUGCCCUCGAGGACAUUAUCGCGCAUAUCAGGAUCAAACUUGUUGUUGGGCUUGUAUUCCGUGCGACAUUGCGACAAGUAUCAUAAUCAAUGUCACGAGGUGUGAUAUGUGCCCUGAGGGGGAAGUACCAGAUGAGACCCAAAGCUACUGCGUGCCCAUCCCUCCAGUGUCUAUGAGAUGGGACUCCGCAUGGGCGCUGAUACCAGCAGGUUUUUCACUGCUUGGCUUGACAUCGACUAUAUUCGUUGUCGGUGUCUUCUUAAAAUUCUCCAAUACGCCAGUGAUCAUGGCAUCUGGUCGAGAAUUAUGUUACUGUAUGAUCAGUGGUAUAUCGAUGUGCUACCUCCUCACAUUUUUCCUCGUUUCACAGCCUUCUGCACCAUCAUGCGCUUUUACCAGGGUCUUGAUGGGACUAUCGAUGUCGGCUAUUUAUGCUGCUAUUAUCACGAAGACCAACCGAUUAGCGCGGGUUUUCAAGCCAGAUAGUGCACAACGGCCACGGUGUAUCACACCAACAGCACAGGUGGGAAUUUGCGUUUCCAUUGUGUCAGUGCAACUGUUUGGAUCAAUCGUUUGGUUACUGGUCGAUCCCCCAGGCACCAAGGUGGUGUUCCCAUCGCGCACUGAGGCGGUGCUCACCUGCAAGGCAACCGCUUCGCAUCUUUUGGUUUCAUUGCUGUAUAAUUUACUGCUUAUCGUCGCAUGUACAGUGUACGCAUUUAAAACGAGGAAAAUUCCCGAAAAUUUCAACGAAACACGUCAUAUCGGUUUUACUAUGUACAGUACAUGUAUUCUGUGGUUGUCAUUUGGACCGAUUUAUUUUGCUACGCAAAAUAAUUUCCGGAUACAAAUCACAUCUUUGUGCAUGUGCAUAUCGUUGUCGGGUACCGUUGCGUUGGUGUGCUUCUUCGCUCCGAAGGUGUACAUCGUAUUAUUCCAACCGUAUAAAAAUGUCAGGACACGACAGUCUGCGGUAGGACGAUUGGUCAAUCAGCAGAUGCGAUUUAUGAGUCAAUUCACCUACAAUCAAGACAAUUACACGUCCGCAUACAAACCCAUGUCUACAGCAUCCAAUCCCUCUUAUCGACCUGGAUCCGAGGAGAAUUCGCACGGGAGUACCCAGGCCUCGACCAUACAUCCGCUUCCCUUGCCUAUUAUGGACAAGCUAACCAGUAAUAACUGCUUGCAAAAGAGCGAAAUCGGCAAAAAACUCUCUUUACAAGAAGAGUCUGAGAAUAACUGUCCCGACCUGCUUACGACAAACGACGUAAGGCGACGUCGUCCAGCGAGUUUGUACACAACGAUGCCGGAUGUGGUGCGACCCCUGCCGCUACCGCUAAAAAUGCCACCCGAUAUGGAUGUAUGUGACUCACAGACACUGCGACAAACCGCUGGACUGCAAUUAGCGCAAGACUGGUGGACGACAACGAGGUUCACCGGCGCCGGUGAGCGGAGGCGUGGAUCAUCGUGGGGGCGGAGCCUGGUGGAUGGCGUCAGUCGCGCCGACCACGAAAUACUCGUGGUGACGACGAUGGGCAACCGCUCUUCCAGCCACUAUCCACCACCACCGUCCGCGUGGCCGCAUGGUCCCUAUGGAGCGUAUACGGCACCGACCGCGACGCCGGGUGCCUUCGACGCUAAGCGUGGUCUUAGUGGCGGACCACCGGGGGCUUACGCGGAGCCUUACGUGCCUCAUCCACAAAUGCGUCGUUCAAUGAUAAGUUUGAAUGCAGAUUCCGGUUACAUGACCAGUCCCAGCGAUUCGGAACGUAUGCGAAUGCGUGGAUCACGAAUGUCGUUGAAUCAUUUGGAUUUAGAACGACAGUUGCUAUAUCCACCAGAUCCGAAAACGAUGAGAAAAUUGGAAAAAAUGGAGAAGAAACAACAGAAGUUGCUGAAAAAAAUGGGCCGCUCUGUUCCGACGGCAGUAUUCCUUCCACCGCAACCGAUGCCAUCGGUUUACGCUCGUGCUAUGUCUUUCGAUGAUUUGAACAGAGUGCAUGUGGUAGUGGCGCCGAAUGAUCUACGAUUCAGGGAUCAUUGGCGAGUUGGAGCGGCACGAUUCCGUUCACCAGGGGAUCGCGUAGGAAGAUCAACAUUGAGCACCACAACAACGUCCGGACAUGCAGUACAUGGGGAUGGCUCGUUGACGUCAUCACCAGUUACUUCUGUAUCGGACGGACAUGCUGGAGACGCAUGGCGAGAAUCACCGUUGAGGAGAGGCACAAGAGAUGAUAUGUCACCGAUGAGCGAUAGUAGCGCAGCAAUUCCCAGCAACACUCGAUCUACGGAAGGAAAUAAAGUUGACAAACCGAAAUCAGUUGAGAUCAAAGUUCAACGAACGGAGAGGUUGGAAAGGCGCGAGAAAUUCGAUAAUAAGGACUGGUUGAACAAUAAUGACACUUAUGCAAUGCCAAGAAUGCAACCAUCAUUCGGAUCCAGGUCCUCAUUGGCAACCUCUCAGGCUCGUGGCGAGUCCAGCGAUAUCGACUUCAGCUGGAUUAGAGAGGAAGAGAACAAGCUAAGAAAAGAACGAGAGAAUUUGAAACGACUUCCUGAAUGUUACUUUGGUAUCGAUCCUCCGAAACUAGAGGAUAGAGUUGAGUCUCGUGAACGAGAUGAAAAAGAGAAUCUGCGCAGAAGCAAUGUAGUACGCAGUACAACAGCCGCAUUCGAGCAGGAAUUAGCUAAAGAUAGAAGAGAGCAGGCAUUCAAAUCUCGAUCCUCUGUAUAUCUCGAAGACCGACGGCAAGAGCAUUCACCAAGACGAGAAAUGGGCCCCAUGGCAAGACGACUGCAUAGGAUGCAGAGAGAAGCAGAAGUUGCUAAUCGCGACUACGGUGACCGUGACGAGUGUAGACAGCGAUGGAGAAGUAGCAUGGCAUUCUGA